AUGUCACUUAGAGAAGAACAACCGGAAGACCGUGUCAAGUCUGUUGGCUAUAUUAUGGAUCACCUUGAAUCUGCUGUAGUCGAUAGUGAAGGAAUUAUUCUACCGCGUGGCGAACGUGGUGAAGUACUCGUUCGUGGUUAUUCCGUGAUGAAAUACUACUGGGAUAAUGAACUUCAGACUAAAGAAGAAAUUACAGCUGAUAGAUGGUAUCACAGUGGUGAUAUCGGUGUUAUGCAUGAAAAUGGUUCACUGAGUAUUGUUGGCAGAAAAAAGGAUAUGAUUGUACGUGGUGGUGAAAAUAUUUAUCCACUGGAAAUUGAGCAAUAUCUGUUCCGACAUCCAAAAAUCGAAGAUGUACAG